AUGUCUAUAAACGCAACUGUGCAGGCGGAGGGCCGGGUGAUGGGACGCCGGUUUGUGCUAACCCUGGUGAUCGGGAUAUCAGCCGGUUUUAGUUUUGCCUACAUACUACUAACAUCAGCUGGAUUUCCCCGAGACGUAGCCUGGUCAUCGUACAGAGAGUCAGCAAGGGAUUUGGAUCGACACCCGAUAGUGAGCGUCAUUGAACAUGGCAGUGAGGAGCCAGCUCAUAGAAAUGAAGAUCGAUCAGUGGCAGAUGAACUUGCUAAGAAAGUUAGGGUGCUUUGUUGGGUAAUGACGCAGCCCAGCAAUCACGAACGGAAAGCUAGGCAUGUUAAAGCGACUUGGGGAAAACGAUGCAAUAAACUCCUCUUUAUGAGUACUUCUGAAGAUAGUUCCCUCCCAUCGGUGAAGCUGCCGGUUCACGAAGGGCGAGACUAUUUAUGGGCAAAGACAAAGGCUGCCUUCCGAUACGUGUACGAACAUCAUCGGAGGGAUGCUGAUUGGUUCUUGAAGGCUGAUGAUGAUACAUACGUCGUAGUUGAAAAUCUUCGUUUUAUGCUGUCAGAACAUGACAGUUCGGAUCCUAUUUAUUUUGGAUGCAGGUUCAGGCCGUUUACAUCACAGGGUUAUAUGAGUGGCGGUGCUGGGUACGUAUUAAGCAGUGCAGCAUUGGAGCGGUUUGUCAACAAGGGCCUCCCUUCUCCACAUCUCUGUAAGGCCAGUGAUCAUGGUGCAGAAGACGCUGAAAUGGGUAUAUGCCUUGAGCACAUAGGUGUGAAAGCAAUGGACUCCCGUGAUGCGUUACACCGAGGCCGGUUCUUCCCUUUCGUUCCCAAAGACCAUCUUUUUCCCAACCACGAUAAAGGAUUUUGGUACUGGAAGUAUAUCUACUACCCUUCGGAUGAGGGUCUCGACUGCUGUUCGGACCACGCAGUAUCAUUCCAUUACGUAGAACCUCAACAAAUGUAUGUAUUAGACUAUCUUAUAUACCAUUUACGGCCGUACGGCAUCCGUUAUGGCGGCGCAGACAUCAUUCCUCAUGUAAAAACUGAAAGAUUUAAUUCUUCUCAAAUCUCGUCCCGGGAGUUAAACGGGACGAGAUAA